UCUCUCGAACCAGCCAAUCACAUCGCGCUGUUUCAAGGAGAGUCACGAGUGUCCGUGUUGACAGCGUCGUUGCUGCGUUUUUGAAGAAAUAAAACAGUAAAAUAAAAUCCAUAAAACCUCCGGGGGGGAGUUAAGCUGCGUCGGACAUGAACAGCGUCGGGGAAGCCUGCACGGACCUGAAGCGCGAGUACGACCAGUGCUUCAACCGCUGGUUCGCCGAGAAGUUCCUGAAGGGGGACCGGAGCGGAGACCCGUGCACCGAGACCUUCCGGAAGUACCAGCGGUGCGUGCAGAAGGCCAUCAAGGAGAAGGACAUCCCGAUCGACGGAGUGGAGUUCAUGGGCCCCAACAAGGACAAGCCCGAGAGCUGAUGGCGGCGGGGGAAGAAACCCCUAGACAGAUACAUUAGUACUGAGAUCACCGGGGGGGAAGUGCGGCCAUGAGGGCCUACUGAGCAUGCGCAGAAGCAGAGAAGCUGUUGGAGCCCUUGUGUGUGUAUAUGUCAUGGAUGGAUUAAGAGAACAUGUGUAUGAUGUUAGUGCAGAUUUAAACACAAGGAACUGAUCCCAGGACAGUUUUUUUUUUUUUUAAUAAAAAACCUGCUGCUUACUGAGCAUGCGCAGAAGCAGAGACGCUGUUGGAGCCUGUGUGUAUGAUGUAUGUCAGAUUUAAACACACAGAACUGAUCCCAGGACAGUCUUUUUUUGUUGUUGUUCAACCUGCUGCUUACUGAGCAUGCGCAGAAGCAGAGUUUCUGCAGGUGUGUGUGUGUGUGUGUGUGUGUGUGUGUGUGUGUGUGUGUGUGUGUGUGUGUGUGUGUGUGUGUGUGUGUGUAUUUGGACACACACAACUGAUCCCAGGACAGUUUUUUUUUGCUGUUGUUUUUAAACCUGUUGCUUAUAUUCUGGAGUUUCUUUAACAUGAAUGUUGGGCUGCUUGUAGUCGAUUAACCAAUCAUCAACUAUUAUGAUUGUUGUUUAAAUUAUAUGCAUAAAGUAAAGACCCAGAUCAGUC